AGCUCAGGGCAGCACGUAUUCGGAGCGAGUGAACACAAUUUUCCACCUAAACAGCCCGCAUUUAGGAUGGCUCCCUCGAGAAAGAACAAAGUUGUGAAGGAGGAGGUCCAGGUGUCGCUCGGACCGCAGGUUCGCGACGGUGAAAUCGUGUUCGGCGUGGCACACAUCUACGCCAGCUUCAACGACACGUUCGUGCACGUCACGGAUCUUUCCGGCAAGGAAACCAUCUCGCGCGUCACCGGCGGAAUGAAGGUGAAGGCGGAUCGUGAUGAGGCGUCACCGUACGCUGCUAUGUUGGCCGCGCAGGAUGUGGCCGAGAAGUGCAAAUCGCUCGGCAUCACGGCCUUGCACAUCAAGCUGCGUGCCACCGGAGGAAACCGCACCAAAACUCCCGGCCCUGGCGCUCAAUCUGCACUGCGCGCGCUGGCCCGUUCGUCGAUGAAGAUUGGCCGCAUCGAGGACGUUACGCCGAUCCCGUCUGACUCCACGCGCCGGAAGGGAGGUCGUCGUGGUCGUCGUCUAUAAGCGUCCACCGGCAUUCUGCUAUUCGAUGAGAACGCAUCAAAGCAACCCGGUCCGUUUCCGAUGGUGGUAUUUGAGCAUGCUUCGCUGUGCGUGAAAAUUACGUUCGUUCGGUCCGCCGUAAGUGCUCAACGAUUGUAACUCUGUUAUGAAUAAACGCAGUGAAUGUUUACCAAUUACC